AUGGUGAAAAUUGACGAAUUUGCCGUGGAGCAAUGGAUGGAUCGCUAUGAGAAUGAUGCCAAACACAAUCUCGCCGAGACGUGUUGCGCAUCUGUUUCCUUGGACGAUCUACGAGUACUCUCAGGCCAUGAGAUGGAUCUGAUAGACUACUCGCAGAAACAAGUCUAUGGUGCAAUUCGUGGCUCUCAACUCCUCAGGUCAAACAUUGCUCGACUAUACUCAUCCAAGACUUUCAACCCUCUGCGUCCGGAAGAUGUGCUCGUCACAAAUGGUGCCAUUCAUGCCAAUUUCCUGGCUUUGUAUACAAAUGUGGGCCCUGGAGAUCAUGUCAUAUGUCACUAUCCAACAUAUCAGCAAUUGUACUCCGUGCCCCAAUCAUUUGGGGUGGAAGUCAGUUUGUGGAAGUCCUCUGAAGAAAAAGGCUGGCAAUUGGACGUCAGCGAGCUCAAAUCCAUGAUCAAACCGAACACGAAGCUCAUCGUUCUGAAUAACCCUCAAAACCCGACCGGUGCUAUCCUCCAUCGAGAUACGCUGCAAGAAAUUGUCCAAGUCGCACGCCAACAUGACCUUAUUGUUCAUUGUGACGAAGUCUACCGGCCGCUAUUUCAUUCUCUAAACUCCCAUCAGCAAGACAGUCCACCAUCUAUCCUUGAUCUGGGGUACAACAAAGUCAUUUCUACGGGUUCCAUGUCCAAAGCAUUCAGUCUGGCUGGUAUUCGGGUGGGCUGGAUUGCCUCUCGAAGUCCUGAAUUGAUCGAAGCAUUCGCUUCUGCGCGCGACUACACCCUCAUCUCUGUUGGACAGCUUGAUGAUCGGGUGGCUGCCCAAGCUCUGUCCAGUCCUACAGUUGAAGCUUUGCUUGAACGAAAUUUUCAGCUAGCGAAACAGAACCUUGAGGAGUUGGAAGUCUUUGUUCGUGAAUUUGCGUGGGCCGUGUCGUGGACGAGGCCGCAGGCAGGUACAACUGCCUUCCUCAAGUUUGCAAAAGGUGGGCAUCCAGUAGAUGACGUGGUUUUCUGCGAAAAGCUGCUGGAGAGUCAUGGAGUGAUGUUUGUUCCCGGAAGUCGGUGCUUUGGGAAUGGGCAUGACUUCACAGGAUAUGUGAGAGUUGGCUACGUUCCUGAACGCGAAGUCAUGGUCGAGGGUCUCAAGGCUCUUCGAGAAUUUAUGCGUGACGGAUAUGAGGACAUUCCAGUGCAAUCGGGCUGA